CCAAACUCAUAAACCUCACAAAUUAUCUCAAUCUCUAUCUAUAUGGAUCGUACACACCAACCCGAAUUUCCGACCCGACCCGGAAACACGGUGGUCCUCUCCAUCGAUUGUCUAAAAGGAAGCUCCAAAAGCGAAGAAUGGAGCGGCGAUAUGCUUCAAACCGGAGACAUAGUAGAAGAGAUCCGGAUCGGGUCAGGACCCGGUUCAGCUAUUUUCAAAGCUCCGUUUAAAGGAGGUAAAGCUUGGCUUCAGAAAGUUUUACACAAUUCUUUUAGGAAUAAAGAAACUUCAAUCGUCGUCAGAGUUCGUCGUGGCUCCGAUGAUUUCUCCGAUCUUUCUGCUUGUAUUGUUCCUAAUGAAUCCGCCGGUAAAAGACAGUACAUGCUUAGAUCCAUUGAUGACCCGAAUUAUACUGUUGGAUUCUCGGAUCGGACUGAGUCGGAUUGUCUCGGUUUGCAAGAGUCAAGAGGAUCAAGAAUGGUAGAGGCAUUGGUGAGAGCAAAGCUUCAAGAUGGUUAUGUUUCAUAUCCAUGGGAAAAACGAAUGCAAGAAGCUUUACCAAUCUCUGGUUCCAGCAAUUUCCUCUCCAUUCUUUUUCUUCCCAAAGCUUCUGCUUAUGGAAGGACAGGUUCUCGGUACAAUGACUUGGAAGACACGCUUGCUCGUGCUAAUGCUUGGUUAAGUUGUUCACAAGCUAAUGGUGUUCCCAUUGUUUUUAUGAAUAUUCAGACUGAAUCAUUGCUCACUAAGAUAUCGGGAGAAACAGCGUCGGCGACGGUUAAUACAACAUCGCUUUCGGAUUUGUCGAAUCUUGCAAAUGCGAGUCUCUAUGGGUUUGAGGAUUAUCAUGGAGUUGAUAUUGGUGUGGUGAGAGCGGUUCGGCUUUGGUUUGCUCCUCUUGGAGUUGAGUUCCCACUCGAAAUCAAACUCAAAGAUGAUGAUACCAAACUUGGCUUCUCCAUUAGCCGCACUGAAGAGGGUUUCAUUUACGUCUCAUCAGUAACGGACCACGAAGAUGAGAGUGCACCAGCUGCAAGAUCCGGCUUGAGCUCGUUGUACAGAGAAGCAGCCAAGGCAUCACGUCGUCUGGUGGUUUCUCGUGUCGGUCACCAAAAGGUAUUGCCUUGGAUGGUCUCCUCCACAGGAGCAAUCCGCUGCUACGACACAGUUUCUCUCAGCCAAAAACUAUCACUGCACCGUCACGCCAAAGUCCACAUAGGCCUCCACGUCUUCCUCUGGGACUCCUCUGCCACGGCAGAUUUCUCCUCGCCGCCCAGGAGCAGCAGCGGUGGGACUCACUUGUUGUUUAGUAACGAGACGCUCGAUUCCACGGAGUUUCCACGGUAUGGCGAAGGUUUACCACCGCGACAAGUCGGGGACAGACAGGUGAUGCCAUUGCCGGAUGAAGAUGUGUUUAGGUUUGAUCGCGAAAAUGCUGGUAAUGCUUCAUUUAAGUUCCAUGAGAUUCCUUUUACCAACGAGUCUUUGUGAUGAAAUAUACGUUUGUUUUAAUU